AUGUCCAGGAAAAAGACAAUGAAAGGCAAGGGGAGCUCCAAAAGCCCGACUGCAUCUCCGAACACGAGCAAAGACAGCGGGAAAAGUGGUAAAGGGAUCGGAGGUCCAUCCAACGGAUUGGUCUAUCCGAGCCGCCCCUCACUCAGCGACAGUAGGGAGUUUUAUGAUAUCACUUUUAAGGUAAGACUUUUUACGCACACAUAUUGUCAAUAUUCUCCAAUCUCCAGUUGGCCAUAUCAGUCACUCAAAUAGAAUACUUCAAUGUUGAUGUGACAGACAGUGCCGACUCAAGCCUUUUGGGGUCCCUACGCGAGAUUUGGUUCUGUCCAGUGUAGAUAGCUAGGCCUAUAGGUAUGAAAGACACAUGAUAAAUAUUGAUUACAUUAUUUUAUUUGAUUAUUUUCGGCAUUGACCUUUGAUAGCAAAUAUUUUGUUUAAACAUCCCACACAUCAGAAUGUAAAAAAGAAAAUUAAAGAAAAUUAAACACAUCAAUAAAAGAUAACUGGUCAAAAAGUGGUAUGAUGUAAUUUGGGGUUCCAUUAUGACGCACGCUCCAAAACGUAUAUAAGCGCGGCAUCGCUGAUUGUCUUCAUAAAUCCAUCAGACAUAGACAACUGCAUCAACGUGUUUGACAAAGUGCUACAGAAGGCCGAAAAGGCCAUUGAUAACGAGGCUGCCCGGCCCCAAGAGAGCCCUGCUGAUACCAUAAGCUGAUACCAUGGGCUCGUGGGGCCGUCCUGAAGAAGAAGAGAAAGAGGAAGAGGAAGAAGAAGAAAAGCGCAGGACCUGCGGAUUUGAGCUCCGAAUCCACUACCGCCUGCACUGGACCCAGCGCGUCUUCAGAGACCUCUGGGAUAGGCCUGACUCCAGAGAUCCGGCACAUGAUUAAGGACCUGCUGGACUCCGUUACAGCCACUUCCUCCUCCUGAAGAUUGAGACCCCCACGGGAAAAUGACCUGCAAGUGAAGAAACCAGAGAUCUAUGAACACUUUUCUUCAAGACAGAAACAUAGUCUUACAUUAGUUUAAUUCAAUUACAUUCGUUUAUUUCAAUGACAGUGUAUUUCAAUUACAUUCAUUUAUUUAAAUACGUUUAUUUCAAUUACAGCUAACUUAGUAUUUUUUAUUAAACAUAAACGUUGACUUACAUUAGGUGUUUUAAUUAAUAAAGGCAGAAGCCUGAUCUUGCAUGCAAAACAAAAAAACGGAAACUAUGAAAGAGUAAAAAAAUCUCUCAAUUAUUUAUAUAUAUAUAUAUAUAUAUAUAUAUACAGUACCAGUCGAAAGUUUGGACACACCUACUCAUUCAAGGGUUUUUCUUUAUUUUUACUAUUUUCUGCAUUGUAGAAUAAUAGUGAAGACACCAAAACUAUGAAAUAACACAUAUGGAAUCAUGUAGUAACCAAAAAAGUGUUAUACAAAUCGAAAUAUAUUUUAUAUUUGAGAUUCUUCAAAGUAGCCACCCUUUGCCUUGAUGACAGCUUUGCACACUCUUGGCAUUCUCUCAACCAGCUUCACCUGGAAUGCUUUUCCAACAGUCUUGAAGGAGUUUCACAUAUGCUGAGCACUUGUUGGCUGCUUUUCCUUCACUCUGCGGUCCAACUCAUCCCAAACCAUCUCAAUUGGGUUGACGUCGGGUGAUUGUGGAGGCCAGGUCUUCUGAUGCAGCACUCCAUCACUCUCUUUCUUGUUCAAAUAUCCCUUACACAGCCUGGAGGUGUGUUUGGUCAUUGUCCUGUUGAAAAACAAAUGAUAGUCCCACUAAGCGCAAACCAGCUGCCCACCCCCACACCAUCACACCUCUUCCUCCAUGCUUCAUGGUGGGAACUACACAUGCAGAGAUCAUCCGUUCACCUACUCUGCGUCUCACAAAGACACAGGGUUGGAACCAAAAAUCUCAUAUUUUGACUCAUCAGACCAAAGGACAGAUUCCCACUGGUCUAAUGUCCAUUGUUCGUGUUUAUUGGCCCAAGCAAGUCUCUUCUUCUUAUUGGUGUCCUUUAGUAGUGGUUUCUUUGCAGCAAUUCGACCAUGAUUGCCUGAUUCAUGCAGUCUCCUCUGAAAAGUUGAUGUUGAGAUUUGUCUGUUACUGGAACUCUGUGAAGCAUUUAUUUGGGCUGCAAUUUCUGAGGCUGGUAACUCUAAUGAACUUAUCCUCUGCAGCAGAGGUGACUCUGGUUCUUCCAUUCCUGUGGCGGUCCUCAUGAGAGCCAGUUUCAUCAUAGUGCUUGAUGGUUUUUGCGACUGCACUUGAAGAAACUUUAAAAGUUCUUGACAUUUUCCGUAUUGACUGACCUUCAUGUCUUAAAGUAAUGAUGGACUGUUGUUUCUCUUUGCUUAUUUGAGCUGUUCUUGCCAUAAUAUGGACUUGAUCUUUUACCAAAUAGGGCUAUCUUCUGUAUACCACCCCUACCUUGUCACAACAAAACUGAUUGGCUCAAACGCAUUAAGAAGGAAAGAAAUUCCACAAAUAAACUUUUAACAAGGCACACCUGUUAAUUGAAAUGCAUUCCAGGUGUCUUCCUCAUGAAGCUAGUUGAGACAAUGCCAAGAGUGUGCCAAGCUGUCAUCAAGGCAAAGGGUGGCUAUUUGAAAUAUAGCUUGAUUUGUUUAGCACUUUUUUGGUUACUACAUGAUUCCAUAUGUGUUAUUUCAUAGUUUUGAUGUCUUCACUAUUACUCUACAAUGUAGAAAAGAUAAAGAAAAACCCUUGAAUGAGUAGGUGUGUCCAAACUUUUGAGUGGUACUGUAUAUAUAAAGGUUGUUAUGAUAUUAUUAGUUAUGGUGUUAUCUGAAUGUAAAAGCAAACGUUCUGACCAGCAUCAAUAUCAUCAAAAGUAAAAAAGUAAAUCAUGACAUUUUAGGACCAAGGCACAUGAUAUUUGCAUAAUGAUUGAUAUGGAUGUUUGGAUACAUUGCACUGCAUAAUGAACAGACAUUAAGGACUGUAUUGUCAACUACUGGGCCACAGCUGUGUCAACAAGGAUAUGGGAGACAAGCGUGUGCCCCUGCCAAAGCAGCACUCAAACAUCCACACUGGGACCAGAACAAACACUGACAUGCUACGCAGGGCACCACACCACACCACACCACAGUACAUAAGGGAUUCAGACCGUAUACCACGGGUAUGACACAUUUUUUAUUUUUACUGCUCUAAUUACGUUGGUAACCUGUUUAUAACAGCAAUAAGGCACCUCAGGGGUUUGUGGUAUAUGUCCAAUAUACCACGGCUAAGGGCUGUAUCCAGGCACUCCGCUUUGCGUCGUGCAUAAGAACAGCCCUUAGCCAUGGUAUAUUGGCCAUAUACCACACCCCCUCGUGCCUUAUUGCUUAAACUUAAACUUACUCUACGUCUACGAUCAUUGCUCAAGUUAAGUUUUAUAGCCUCCCCAGCUAAACUGCCCUGCAAUACUACAAUUACCAACUUGAGAACACUGGCAAAUUAGCCUAGUAUUGCCCCAUGACCCCUCUUCAGUUCCGGUGCCCCCUGUGUUUCCCACCUCUUUCCCAGAUCGCUCCCAUAGGAUGUAGUCGUCAGUCUUUCUCUUUGACGAGAGAGUGAGUGCUACUCUCGGAUGCCAGCUUGUUUACUCCGUAGCUGUGUAUUUCUAUGUGAACUGAAAUCCUGUGUUUUUGAAGAUGUGAAUUAAUUUAUCCUUCUGAGCUGUUUGAGCACAGUGUCAUGCUCGUGGAUUGAUGGCUCGGAUCAAGGUGCAGCGUGGUAGGCGAACAUUUUAAUUCAAUAAAUGAACACAGACAAACAACAAAAUACACACAAACGUAAAGUACUGCAGGCUACAAAGCUAUUACACAAAACCAAGAUCCCACAAACUAAGGUGGGAAAAAGGCUGCCUAAGUAUGAUCCCCAAUCAGAGACAACGAUAGACAGCUGCCUCUGAUUGGGAAACAUACCCGGCCAACAAAGAAAUAGAAAAACUAGAAUGCCCACCCAAAUCACACCCUGACCUAACCAAAUAGAGAAAUAAAAGGGAUCUCUAAGGUCAGGGCGUGACACACAGUCUGCGCUACACUUCCCACGCAAAUGCAAGCAGGCAGGCAGGCAGGCAGGCAGGCGCGCGCGCACACACAACACACAUACACACACACACACACACACACACACACACACACACACACACACACACACCACACACACACACCAAACGCAUCACACACACAACACACACACACACACAACACACACACACACCUCUGAGUCUCCCCUUUAUGGUUGAUCCUCCUAUUCUGGUCUCCCCUGGCCUUGACUUACAGUUUAAUGGAGUGAGUUCACCACACUAAGAGGGAAAGAAGUCUGUGGUAGACAAUGAUUCAUGUCAGAGAUGGAGGUCUGAAGGCAGGUUAGGUGAUUUCUCAGACAGAUACAGAGACAGACUCAUCACCCAGACUUACAGUAGAGCUUUAUGGUAUAGUGAUCUUUGACCUUCCCUACUGAGCGCUAAAUCCAUUGGGAUUCAGAGGAGAUGGAGGUGCUCAGCAGAUGGAGAUUGUAUCUGUCGGUUUGUUCUGUCUGCUGUCGUCGGUCUGCUGUCUGUCUGUCUGUCUGUCCUGUCCUUCUGUCUGUCUGUCGGUCUGUCUGUCUGUCUGUCUGUCCUGUCUGUCUGUCUGUCUGUCUGUCCCUCUCUCUCUCUCUUGUGCUCUCCUCUCUCCUCUCUCUCUCUCUCUCUUCUUCUCCUCAUCUCUCUCUCUCUCUCUCUUCAUCUCUCUCUCUCUCUCUCUCUCUCCCUCACUCCAAUCUGGGUGUACAGGCUGUGUAUAAGCCCGACAAUGUGGAUAAUCUUCCAACGGACCAUGAGAACAUCAAAAUGUAUAGUAAUUUGUGUCUCUCUACAGGUGAUGUUGGUGGGAGACUCAGGUGUAGGGAAGACUUGCCUGCUGGUUCGCUUCAAGGAUGGAGCAUUCCUGGCCGGUAGCUUUAUUUCUACUGUGGGCAUUGACUUCAGGGUGAGUAGACACAACACUCACUCACUCACGCACACACACACACACACACACACACACACACACACACACACACACACACACACACACACACACACACACACACACACACACACACACACACACACACACACACACACACACACACACACACACACACACACACACAUUAUUGAUUCUUUGAAGAAUAGGGAUAUGUCCAUUAAGAAAUCCUGCAGGAAUCAAGGAAUCAAGUAAAGUGGGUUUGCCUUUUCUAAGAUUUCACAUGAGAUCCAACUCAUUUUUGAAUCCAUGAGGCUUUCAGAUAUUGAUUCAAGGCUUCAAUAUUCUUUAAGUUCAGCCCUCCAUUGUCAUACGAAUUAUAGAUAUAAUUCCUUUUGACCUUUUCUGGUUUACCAUUCCAUAUAAACUAAAAUAUAUUGACUUGAAACUGCUUAAAGAAAACCUUAUCUGGUGAUGGAAGAGAUAGAUCAACUGAGAGACAAUUAAGGUGUUUAUCAAUGUCCCUCUGCCAUAUGAAGACAAAGUUUUACCAUUCCCUUUACAAUAUCCUUCAUUAUUUCUAGAAUGUGGAUACCAAGCAUGCCCACUAGGAAGAAGAUGUUACAGUCAAGUUCUGAUAAUGGGGUUAGCUGCUCCUCAAAAUAAAACAUUAUACAAAAAUAUUGUACUGCCCCUGUAAUAUCUGGUGGGGUGAUAAUAAAUUAAGCCCUUCAAAGGAAUGCAGUUUUAUGAUAGUUUUCUUAUGAUGAUUUCUUAAAAAGCUUGUACACUUUUCCCCUUUUCCCAUCCAAGCUGCCCUUGAUCUGUAAAUAAUAAUACUAUUAAUCCUUUCUGCAUAAAGGCUCUCAAGCUCAUGUUGUCUACUCUUUGUCUACUCGGAGGGUUUACUACUGUAUACAUUUAUUUAUUCAAGUAAUUUAUCUCUUUAUUUAAUACAUUUUCCCUCCUAAGAUAUUUCUUUUUUUCCAUGAUGACCACUUGGGGCCGUAACUACGUAUGAGGACACCGAGGUCCAGACCUCUGUAAUCUUUUAUAAUUUAUAAUUUAUAAUUGUACACAAUAAAGAAACUAAAUGAUGGGUCAACAUCAAAAUAUUGCUCCCAGCGUUGAUCAAAGAUCAGAAUUAUUAUAUUCUUGAUCUGACAGAGCUCUAAUCGCGCCUGAAUGAGUGGAAUUAUGAACAGUGGUUUGUUCGUUAUGUUCACCUGUGUCCUCCGGAUUUGCCUCCCGGAUUUGCCUUUUUAGCAGCACAUUCACCACUCUCUCAAACAGCUAACUCCGCCCUCUCGCGGCAAGUGAAACAAACUACCCCAGCUCGGAGUCGACUCAAGUACGCAACUAGAGACGAUGCUGACAGUGUGUUUGCGAGAUGCCGGACAAAAGGCAAUUUUAAAACCGCCUCGCAACUCCUGCCAUGUCUACAGACAUCCCCCACACAAACAAAAACCGACUCUCGGAGAAUGAGUGCACAACUGGUAAAUAGUCGCUUAUAGAUAUGUCAGGUGGCUAGCUGCCGGCAGAGACUUCUAUUGCAGUAAAGGUGAAAGGCUCUGGCUAGUAUUACUUAGCCAGCUACAAGGAUGAAGUAAGAAGGUAACGUUAAAUGGAGUCUACCUCAGGAGGAUCUAAAAAUAGACUGCUAAAUUCUCAUAAUAACUUUGCUUUACGGAGGCUACUGAGACAGACAGUGAUGUGGCGCUCAGUGGUGAGGCUGAGGCAGGCUGCAAAGCAUGCAGGAGGAAGCAGAGGAGACAGACAGAGAGAGAGAGAGAGAGAGAGAGAGGAAGCAAGCAAAGAGAGAUGUUAGUACAGUGGUUCCCAAACUUGGGGUUGGGGCCCCAUGUGGGGGUCCCCUGAGAAAGUAUGUACUAAUCUUAUGAAACAAGUUAGGAACAAAAAAAAAAAGAUAUGUUUCAAUAUGAACAUCUCGACAUGGCCUAUCAUCCCUACAGGCCUACAUUAAAAUGCAAUCAAAAUGCAAACAAUAUAGUUCUAAGAAAUGUCAUACGUUUUCGUUUAUAUCGGUGGUUGUUCAUCUUAUCUUGAUCGCCCACUGGAGUUUAUAGUUUACCCAUUACCCAUCUUUUUUUGUUACAACUACAUCACUGAUAUUAAUACAGAAUCGUAAGUAAUAUUGUAUAAAUUCAUGUGAAUUCAAUAAUACGAUCAUCUGUGUGCUCCAUUGAUGUCUGUUUGUGCAGAGCUUGAUUAGUAAUGCCUAGGAAUACAAAUUUGAACAAUAUCUAAUUUGAGAAAAGAGAUAUCAAUAUAAAGAGUUGAGGAUUUUAUGUAAUUCAUCAUUACAACUGACUGAACAGUAGCUGAUGCUACGUAUCUGUGUGUAUCAGGGGUAUAACAUUACAAUUGUAUAGCUAAUAGGCUAUGUGUUUGUAGAUCGACUGAGGUGAAGGAACCUACAGCAGCCAAGGUGAUAAUGGCUGGGGUCAUUUUUCCUUGUUUUUGCUGUUCUCCAAAUAGCACUAAAAAAAUAAAAAUUGUAUAGAAAUGCAGUAAAUGAGCUUCAACUUUCAAAAAAAUUUCUGGGGGAGGGAGACUUACCCCUUCCGGACCUCACUAAAACUCAAACCCUGGUGACCAUUGCUUAUGGACACAAAUACCCUUUUCCAUCCAAACUGUAUCGCCAGUUCCACACCCUGGGGUUUGUAUGUUUUUCCAUUUGCUUAAGCUACACUGAACAAAAAUAUAAACGCAACAUGCAACAAUUUCAAAGAGUUUACUAAAUGACAGUUAAUACAAGGAAAUCAGUCAAUUUAAAUAUAUUCUUGAAGCCCUAAUCAAUGGAUUUCACAUGACUGGGAAUACAGAUAUGCAUAUGUUGGUCACAAAUACCUUUAAAAAAAGGGAAGGGCAUGGAUCAGAAAACCAGUCAGUAUCUGGUGUGACCACCAUUUGCCUCAUGCAGCGCGACACAUCUCCUUCGCAUUGAGUUGAUCAGGCUGUUGAUUGUGGCCUGUGGAAUGUUGUCCCACUCCUCUUCUAUGGCUGUGUUGCUGGAUAUUGGCGGGUACUGGAGCACGCUGUCGUACAUGUCGAUCCAGAGCAUCCCAGACAUGCUCAAAGGGUGACAUGUCUGGUGAGUAUGCAGGCCAUGGAAGCACUGGGACAUUUUCCAGGAAUGGUGUACAGAUCCUUGCGACAUGGAGCCGUCCGUUAUCAUACUGAAACAUGAGGUGAUGGUAGCGGAUGAAUGGCACAACAAUGGGCCUCAGGAUCUCGUCACGGUAUCUCUAUGCAUUCAAAUUUCCAUUGAUAAAAUGCAAUUGUGUUUGUUGCCCAUACCAUAACCUCACCGCCACCAUGGGGCACUCUGUUCACAACGUUGACAUCAGCAAACCACUCGCCCACACAACUUCAUAUACGCUGUCUGCCAUCUGCCCAGUACAGUUGAAACUGGCAUACAGCCAUGAAGAGCACGCUGAAGUCGGUUACGACUGCAGUCAGGUCAAGACCCUGGUGAGGACGACAAGCACACAGAUGAGCUUCCCUGAGACGGUUUCUGACAGUUUUUGCAGAAAUCCUUUAGUUGUGCAAACCCACAGUUUCAUCAGCUGUCCGGGUGGCUGGUCUCAAACGAUCCCGCAGGUGUAGGAGCAGGAUGUGGAGGUCCUGGGCUGGCGUGGUUACACGUGGUCUGAGGUUGUAAGGCCAGUUGGACGUACUGCCAAAUUCUCGAAAACAACAUUUGAGGCGGCUUAUGGUCGAGAAAUUAACAUUCAACAGCUCUGGUGGACAUUCCUGCAGUCAGCAUGCCAAUUGCACGCUCCCUCAAAACUUGAGACAUCUAUGGCAUUGUAUUGUUUGAUAAAACUGCACAUUUUAGAGUGGCCUUUUAUUGUCCCCAGCACAAGGUGCACCUGUGUAAUGACCGUGCUGUUUAAUCAGCUUCUUGAUAUGCCACACCUGUCAGGUGGAUCGAUUAUAUUGGCAAAGGAGAAAUGCUCACUAACAGGGAUGUAAACACAUUUGAGAGAAAUAAGCUUUUUGUGCGUAUGGAAAAUGUCUGGGAUCUUUUAUUUUAGCUCAUGAAACAUGGGACCAACACUUUACAUGUUGCGUUUAUAUUUUCGUUAAGACAUCUGACCAUACUAAAGCCAACUCGUACAGAAGCAGCACGGAACUGAACCUGUUUAAAGGCCAGACAGUUCAGUUCAGUUCAGUUCGGUACAUACUACAAGUGGAAAAGAGGUCAACGUGAGACCGAAGCAUAAAGGAUACACACACAGUGACAGAGAGAACAAAAACACUCAAUCUCUUGCUAUUCUCCUCAAUAUCUGUUUAUUAACUUUCUCUCCCUUCUUGAUGAAACAUAAUGAGUAAAGUGAAUGACUCACAGUCAUUACAUUUACAUUUACAUUUUAGUCAUUUAGCAGACGCUCUUAUCCAGAGCGACUUACAGGAGCAAUUAGGGUUAAGUGCCUUGCUCAAGGGCACAUUUACGUCAUUUAGCAGACGCUCUUAUCCAGAGCGACUCACCAAUUGGUGCGUUCACCCUAUAGCCAGUGGGAUAACCACUUUACAAUUUUGGGGGGGCGGGGGGGGGGGGUAGAAGGAUUACUUUAUCCUAUCCCAGGUAUUCCUUAAAGAGGUGGGGUUUCAAAUGCCUCCGGAAGGUGGUGAGUGACUCCGCUGUCCUGGCGUCGUGAGGGAGCUUGUUCCACCAUUGGGGUGCCAGAGCAGCGAACAGUUUUGACUGGGCUGAGCGGGAACUAUGCUUCCGCAGAGGAAGGGGAGCCAGCAGGCCAGAGGUGGAUGAACGCAAUGCCCUCGUUUGGGUGUAGGGACUGAUCAGAGCCUGAAGGUACGGAGGUGCCGUUCCCCUCACAGCUCCGUAGGCAAGCACCAUGGUCUUGUAGCAGAUGCGAGCUUCAACUGGAAGCCAGUGGAGUGUGCGGAGGAGGGGGGUGACGUGAGAGAACUUGGGAAGGUUGAACACCAGACGGGCUGCGGCAUUCUGGAUGAGUUGUAGGGGUUUAAUGGCACAGGCAGGGAGGCCAGCCAACAGCGAGUUGCAGUAGUCCAGACGGGAGAUGACAAGUGCCUGGAUUAGGACCUGUGCCGCUUCCUGUGUUAGGCAGGGUCGUACUCUCCGAAUGUUGUAGAGCAUGAACCUGCAGGAGCGGGUCACCGCCUUGAUGUUGGCGGAGAACGACAGGGUGUUGUCCAGGGUCACGCCUAGGCUCUUCGCACUCUGGGAGGAGGACACAGCGGAGUUGUCAACCGUGAUGGCGAGAUCAUGGAACGGGCAGUCCUUCCCCGGGAGGAAGAGCAGCUCCGUCUUGCCAGGGUUCAGCUUGAGGUGGUGAUCCGUCAUCCAUACUGAUAUGUCUGCCAGACAUGCAGAGAUGCGAUUCGCCACCUGGUUAUCAGAAGGGGGAAAGGAGAAGAUUAGUUGUGUAUCGUCAGCGUAGCAGUGAUAGGAGAGGCCAUGUGAGGAUAUGACAGAGCCAAGUGACUUGGUGUAUAGGGAGAAAAGGAGAGGGCCUAGGACUGAGCCCUGGGGGACACCAGUGGUGAGAGCACGUGGUGCGGAGACAGCUUCUCGCCACGCCACUUGGUAGGAGCGACCGGUCAGGUAGGACGCAAUCCAGGAGUGAGCCGCGCCGGAGAUGCCCAGCUCGGAGAGGGUGGAGAGGAGGAUCUGAUGGUUCACAGUAUCAAAGGCAGCAGACAGGUCUAGAAGGACAAGAGCAGAGGAGAGAGAGUUAGCUUUAGCAGUGCGGAGAGCCUCCGUGACACAGAGAAGAGCAAUCUCAGUUGAAUGACCAGUCCUGAAACCUGACUGGUUUGGAUCAAGAAGGUCAUUCUGAGAGAGAUAGCAAGAGAGUUGGCUAAAGACGGCACGCUCAAUAGUUUUGGAAAGAAAAGAAAGAAGGGAUACUGGUCUGUAGUUGUUGACAUCAGUGGGAUCGAGUGUUGGUUUCUUGAGAAGGGGAGCAACUCUCGCUCUCUUGAAGACGGAAGGGACAUGGCCAGCGGUCAAGGAUGAGUUGAUCAGCGAGGUGAGGUAGGGGAGAAGGUCACCGGAGAUGGUCUGGAGAAGAGAGGAGGGGAUGGGGUCAAGCGGGCAGGUUGUUGGGCGGCCUGCAGUCACAAGUCGCCGGAUUUUAUCUGGAGAGAGAGGGGAGAAAGAAGUCAAAGCAUAGGGUAGGGCAGUGUGAGUAGGACCAGCAGUGUCAUUAGACUUAACAAACGAGGAUCGAAUGUCGUCAACCUUCUUUUCAAAGUGGUUGACGAAGUCAUCCACAGAGAGAGAGGAGGGGGGGGGCGGGGGGGGGGGGGGGGGGGGGGGGGGGGAUUCAGGAGGGAGGAAAAUGUGGCAAAGAGCUUCCUAGGGUUAGAGGCAGAUGCUUGGAAUUUAGAGUGGUAGAAAGUGGCCUUAGCAGCAGAAACAGAUGAAGAAAAUGUAGAGAGGAGGGAGUGAAAAGAUGCCAGGUCGGCAGGGAGUUUAGUUUUCUUCCAUUUCCGCUCCGCUGCCCGGAGCUCUGUUCUGUGAGCUCGCAGACAAUUUCAUGCCCAUGAUAACACUCAAAAACUAUAUUUAUUCUGUGUUUACGCAGGGAGCACAAUGAUGCCAUUAGGAUAUGAGGAAGGCGGCAUGGGCGGCUAGUUGAUUUGAUUUAUCUUUCCAUUCAUUGGCAGAGGGAAUCCUGGGUUUAUUUUUGAUAUCAGUCAUCGUCGGUAUGUCUCAGGAGUGUGUUUGCUCAUGUGUGGGAGCUAUUAGACUGGAGUUUACCAUUCCGUUUCCUUCCUUCUCCUCUGAGGGAAAGAGAGGGAGAGGGAGAGGGAGAGGGAGAGGGAGAGAUCGAUGGGUGUUUGUGUUUCAAACACUAUGUUAGAGAGUGAAGAGAAAGAGGUAAUGGGAGAAAGAGUGUGAGAUAAUGAAAGAUUGGCUGUGCUAAAAUACAAAACAAUGCACUGUAUUAGGAGGUAGAGAGGGAGAGGGAGAGAGAGCCCUUAAAGCCAAUAAAGCCCUUAAAUUGAAUUGAGAGAGAGAGAGAGAGAGAGAGAGAGAGAGAGAGAGAGAGAGAGAGAGAGAGAGAGAGAGAGAGAGAGAGAGAGAGAGAGAGAGAGAGAGAGAGAGAUGAGAGUCCAAUUUAGCUGAGCUGUGUGGUUUGGAGUGGCCCUCUUUCAGCUCCCCCUUCUGAGCAGAUGGCCUAUCUCUCUCUCUCUCUCUCUCUCUCUCUCUCUCUCUCUCUCUCUCUCUCUCUCUCUCUCCCUCUCUCUCUCUCUCUCUACCUCUCUCUCUACCUCUCUCUCUACCUCUCUCUCUACCUCUCCUCUACCUCCCCUGUACUUCCCCUCCCCUCCCCUCUCCUCUCCUCUCUCCCAGCCCCACAGCCUCUAG